AUGAUCAUCAUCGCCAUCAACGCGCUCGCUUCAAAAGUAAAGUUGAACAAAAUAUCAACUCUCACAUGUCUGCCGCCGCAUUUCACCAGUCGGACCAUCGGCUCGCUCACCGACCCCGAACGCGACUCGUGUCCCCAGCCUGGCACUUCCGACAGACAACACCCAGGACUUCUCUCCUCAGGACGUCCCGAUGGUCCGCAACUACCACUCCAGAUGUGGGGUCGUAUCCCAGCCUAUUUCCCCCCCUCCUUUACCGAGCUUUGGCUUAAAGCCCACCCUGGAGACUAUCCUGAAAAGCUUCAUUUGACGACGGUGCUCCUUGCACAUCGAUGCAUAGCCAGAAAGACGACCGUUCGCCACUUUCACAUGCACAACGGACGAUUGGAGCUGUCACAGCUGUCCAACAUGGAACUUCUGUCCAUUGUUGCAACCGCCAGUUUAUCAGAUAUAUGUAUAUGUAUCCUGCAUGCGUUCUUCGAACCGCCGUUCCAUCAGCACGGCAUGUCUCAGAUUAACCAAAACCAUCUAUUUGUCCGCGGUCCCUUAAAACUGUCUCGCUCCCAUAACCAAUUGCAGCUUAUCUGA